UGCAUGCUCGCUGUGUCGUGCUACAGCCUACAACUACAAGGCAGUGAUACGGCAAAGCAGCCUUUCUGAAAUUCCCGAUAGAAUAUAAAGAAAGUUUAAAAAAGGAAGAGGAUAGGACAUAAUCAUGAGGGUUUAUGCUGUGAUAUUCAUGUUGGCAGUAGUGCCUGCCUUUGUGGUCGGCGAUACGCCGGCAAAUUGCACGUACGAAGACGUCGCCGGGGAAUGGAUUUUCGAGGUCAGCGGUUAUGGCGGUGACAACAAAAUUGAUUGCACAAAGCCAGGUCCUGUGACAUACAAGUUGCAUGUGCAGUUGCUUUUCCCAGAUGUGGCAGUUGAUGUCCAGUAUGGUACCAAAGGAUUCUGGACUCUGAUUUACAACCAGGGUUUUGAGGUUGUGCUCAACAAUAGGAAGUACUUUGCUUUCUCAGAAUACACUCAACAAGGAAGCCAGGUUACCAUGAAUUGCUCUCAGACCCUCCCUGGUUGGUCACACAAUGUAAUUGGGUCUGACUGGGCUUGCUAUGUAGGCAGCAAGGUGGGUCCAUCAAAGGUACACACUGUCAGGAAAGAAAGGCGUCCAGAUUUCAGCCAGAUGAUGUACAGAAACGAUAAGAAGAUGGUAGAGAAGAUCAACAGAGCUCAGAAAUCCUGGAAUGCAACCAUCUAUCCCGAGCAUGAGAUGUAUACUGUGGAAGAUAUGCGGAGGAGAGCAGGUGCCAUGAAUGGCUUAGGAUCCUCCAGACCAGCACCGGCAAUUGUCACCAAUCAGGCAAAGAGGGCAGCAUCCUCAUUGCCACCCGGGUUUGACUGGCGGAAUGUGAAUGGCGGACAGAACUUUGUGUCUCCGGUCCGCAAUCAGGCCUCUUGUGGCAGCUGCUACGCGUUUGGCUCUCUGGCCAUGCUGGAAUCUAGAUUACGCAUUGCAACCAAUAACAGCAUUCAGCUAGUCUUCUCGACCCAAGAUGUGGUAUCAUGCAGCGAGUACUCACAAGGUUGUGAAGGGGGAUUCCCAUAUCUUGUUGCUGGCAAGUACGCCGAGGACUUUGGUGUCGUAGAGGAGUCCUGCUAUCCAUACGAGGGGACGGACAUCUCGUGCUCCAAAGAGAAAGCAGGAUGCAGAAGAUAUUACGCCACCAACUACAACUACGUCGGUGGAUUCUACGGGGGAUGCAAAGAGGAACUGAUGAGAGCACAACUUGUCAAGAAUGGCCCCUUGGCCGUCAGUUUCAUGGUUUAUGAUGACUUUAUGGCAUAUAGUGGUGGGAUAUACCACCAUACUGGUGUUAAGAAUGAAAACCUCAAAUUCAACCCAUUUGAGAUUACAAAUCAUGUUGUGCUUGUGGUUGGUUAUGGUGUUGAGGCGGGAUCAGGGGAGAAGUUUUGGAUUGUGAAGAACAGCUGGGGUGCAGAUUGGGGUGAAGAGGGGUAUUUCAGGAUUAGAAGGGGAACAGAUGAAUGUGCGAUUGAGAGUAUUGCAGUAGAGGCCUUUCCUAUCUAUCCAUAGAAAAUCUUAAAAAGUUACUGUAUGUGUAUUAGUAAAUGUAAUUAUGCCUUCAACCAUAUUAUGUUGAUGAAAUAAGAAAAAGAAAUCGCCGGAUUGAAAUAUCUAAAGAGGUUCUCACAUGUAUUCAAAGUGCAAUCUUGAUUAUGAGUAAUUUUUCAAUCCCUUACUUAGACUUUUAUCACAUGUACUUCAAAAUGUAGUAGAAAAAAUUAUUCUAAAUUGACCUCAAUUACAAAGGUUAUGAUCCAUUUAAACACUUCCUAUAAUAACCAAUGUUUCUGUUAUCAUAAACUUAAACGUGCCUUAGCAAUUCCGGGGGUCUAAAGUUAUGAAAUAUUGUUUGUCAUGCAAAUAUUGAACCAUGUUCCGGUCAUUUUGAUUUUCAGUGGUUUAUAUCCCACUGGUGCCACCAUGCCAGUGUUGAAUAAAACUCAAGGUGAUUUAGAUUUUUGCUUUUCUAUGAUGACUUUAUUUGAUUGCAUUUGUUGCAUUACUAGAUUAACACCUCCCAUUGUGUAUUGGUAUGUAUGUAUGUAUCGAUAUAUUGAAAUGAUGAUACAGGUUUGGGAUUGGGGAAUUAGCUGAGGCCGGGAUACCUGAAUAGAAGACUACAUAUGCAUGUACACUGUUGAUAAAUGUCUUCUCACUUUGUCCAUCCAUCUAGUUACUUUACAUAGUGGCAGCAUUCAUUUAAAAAUGUGAACAGAGGGCAACAAUGCAUAUAUAUCAAGUAUGAUAUCUUAGGUGAAUCAAAACAUCACCCCAUGGUGUAUGGUGUCUUUGAGGAUUCCUCCGUUAAAGCAGUGUUUAAUUUUUGUACAUACAACAGAAAGUUUUUAUCAUUAUGAUGACUUACUGUGCACAAGACUAUGCCAAGGAGACUGACUAAGUUGACAAGGCUUGACUCUUGAUUUGCAGUCUUACGGUAAUUGUUUACCAACUGGAUAUUACAUAAUUUAUGUGGUAAUUGUAUGCAUCAGGGAAGUCAUUUAUAUGUGGCAAGAAGACGCAACUUGAAUUUCAAUUUGAAAGAAUUUAGAGUGGUUGCAUUUUUAAUUGAGUGUUCAAUAUUGUUCCAUAAUUCACCACCUUUUUGUUGUAUAGAAUUUACCUUUCGUGAAUGUGGCAAGAAAAUUUGACUUUUGUUGGAUUUUUAUUGUUUAUUUGGCCGCAGUUACUUCCAGUGAAUAUGUUUUGAUGUUAUGCAUUAUAGUAACUGCCAAGCAUUUUAAAAUAGUAGAAACUAAGGUCACCACAUCAAACUUCAAGUAGAUUUCCUAAUAAGAUGCAGGAUGAUUGAUGUUUAAUAUGUGAAAUGCCCAGCAAAACUGAGCAUAUCUGGAAUAUAAAGAACAGUUUAUGAUUCAAAUAUAUUUCCAUACAUUUAAAAUGAAACACUUUCGGUAGAAAAUGCAGCUGUUAUUGGAAAAACUUGUCUUUCUGCUUAGCUCAAGUAGUCUUUUGUAAACAAAUGUAAGAUUUACGGAUAUUUGCUCAGUGCAUAGAGGCUUUUGUACCAUAGCCAUGCUUUUAAACAUGUCCUUUACUAAAAUAGAGCUACUUAAUAAAGAACGAUAUCAUGUACAGCCUA